AUGUCUGGCAAACAGGGCAACACCUCUGGCUAUGAGAUCUCCGCCAUCAUCAGCAAUCCUGCCAAAGCCGUCGCGAUGUACAACAAGGUCAUUGAGGCAACUGGUUGCACCACCAUCAUCGCGGAGUUCAUCCCCGCCCGCGACGACCAGGGUAUUGACCAGUCUGAGACUGAUACCGUCUCUGUCGAUGCUGUCAACUCAUCCAAUUUCUCCGGCGAGAACCGAUAA